UAUCCUUGGUAGUGGGGUCAGAUUGCAGGUAGCGGACGUGGCGGAGAAUGAUGCAUUGAAUCUGGAGGUUGAUGGGGUGAUACGUGAGGAUUUUCAUCUUUCAGUCAUCGGGACAUUUUGUGGAAAUGGCGGAGAUGCUAAAUCAGUAUUUUACGAUGUGUAAGUGCUGGUGUUGGACUGGGGUGGAUAAAUCAGAAGUCACAUGAUAUCAGAUUAUGGUCCAACAGUUUUAUUUGGAAUCACAAGCCAUCAGAGCAUGCUGCUUUGUCAGGUGAAGUCUGACUUCACCUGUAUCAUGUGAUUUCUGUCAAGGUUUUGUCUUAGUUUUCACAAUGGGUCACUGAAACCAUCCCAUUAGGAACUUAAUUAACUUAAAACAAUUGCUGUCACUAUUGUAAGAAUUAAAGACAGACAAGUCCCAGGACCCAAUGGCCUACAUAGUGGCUGCAUUGAAUAUAAUAUUCCAAAAUUCUCUGGAUUCUGGAAAAAUUCUAGUGGAUUUGAAAAUUUCUAAUGUAACAUUCUUAUUCAAAAUGUGAGGGAGGCAGCAAGUAGGAAACCGAAGACAAGUUGGUUUAACAUCUGUCAGUGGAGAAUUGUUAGAAUCCAUUGUUAAGAAAAUAGUGAUGGGACAUUUGGAAAAUCAAAACACAAUCCAUCAGAGUCAGCAUAGUUUUAUGAAGGGUAAAUCAUGUUUGACUAAUUUGCUAGAGUUCUUCAAAGAUGGAACAAGCAAAGUGGAUAAUGGGGGUCUUCUGGAAUUCUAGAAGACACUUGUUCAGGUGCUGCUCAAAAGGUUAGCACACAAGGUAAGAUCACAUGGAGUCUGGGGUAACUAAUUAGCUUGGAUAGAGGUUUGGCUAACCAGCAGAAAGUUGGGAUUAAUAGGUGUUUGGUUGGCAAGAUGUAACUUUUGGGGAGCCAUAGAGUUUGGUUCUCAGGCCCCAACUGUUUACAACCUAUUUUAAUCAUAUGGAUGCAAGGAUAGAAUAUUGUAGCCAAUUAAAACAGAAGGGAAAGUAAGUUGCCAUUAAGCAGUAAGAAAUUUACAAAUGGAUAUGAAUAGGUGAUGAGAAUGGGCCAAAAAUCUGGAACAUGGAGUUUAAACCAUGGAUAAAUGUGAGGUUAUUCAUUUUGUUCAGAAGAAUAAAAAGGCAACUUCAGAGUGCUUCAGUGCGGAGGAAUCUGGGUGUCCUUGUGCAUGAGUCACAGAAAGCUAGUAUGCAGGUACAGCAGGUAAUAAGGAAUGCAAAUGGAAUUUUGACAUUUAUUGCAAAAGGAAUAAAGUAUAAAAGCAAGGAACUGUUGCUGCAACUAUGCAAGGCUUUGAUGAGAUCACAUGUAGAGUACAUAUAGUUUUACUCUAGGAGGGAUGUAAUCACAUUGGAAACAGCUCGAAAGAGGCUGAAAGCUCAAUCACUGUGAAAAGAUGUGCUCAACAGAGAAAGAUGAUGGUAAACAAGUUAUCAGAGUCAUAGCAACAGGGUGAAUGAGAAGUAAAGGAAACAAAAUAUCCAUAUCCAUGAAGAUGAGAGUUAAGAGCACAACAGGGUAGGAACCAUCCAAAUGAAGUAUCUGGACCCGACAGAAAAAAUUCUGGCAAUCAUUCAAAUUAGUAAAGAGAGUGGGAAGUAAGCACGCAACCAUAAAUGGUAACCCCAGGAAGUGGUGUUCUGAAACUGAGCAGGAUCAUACGAAUGAUGGUGGAGUAAUGUAGAGCAACAGCCCAAAUCAUAAUGACACACAAAGGGUAAAGAUGCUAACUCCAUGUUCAAUGUCACCUGUCAUGUGACCCUGUUAUCUCAGGGUUGAACAGUUGCAAAAAGAUGCAGCUUAUCUGAGUAAACCAUGAAAUGAAAAAGCUGACACAGGACUGAAGGUAGCAAACCCAUCUAGUGCAUUGUAUCCAGAGUUUUCAUUGAGACAGCUGCAUGCCUUGAGCACCACAUCACAACUGAUAGUGAUAAAACUGAUGAUUCCAAGUCAAGCCCUAGACAGAAGGAAAAUUUGAAUGAGAGCUCCUAUAGAAGGAAGAAAAGAAGCUGAUUGCCGGAGCCGCAAAGCCCACAGUUUGAGUAAAAUGUAUCAUUUUGAGAGAAAUUUGAGGUGUGAAUUUGCCUGCACCCAAAGAUCUUUAUCAAACAAUAAAGUGGAACUACUGUUUCAUCCCAAUACCAGGAGAGAUGCACCUAGCAUUGAGAAGAGGAAAUAUUUUCAGAAAGCUCUUUGACCUAAAUAUCUAGUGGAAUAUGAAGUUCAACAAGAAAUCUUUGUUGUUCAGAACUUUCACACUAGUCGGCCAGUACAGGUUCCUGUGUUUAGAAUUAAAGUGAGCCAGGAUGUGGCCUUGCAGAAGGUAGACAAGGUAUACAGAGAUGCAAAAGAACAAUCAGCAUAGCUUCUUUCUAUAACAUUGGUGUAGUUGGAAAACAUCAAGUGCAGCAUGGAGAGAACCAGGAAAGCUGGGAUCAAGCUAAGCACAAACAAACGCAUUGUGAAGUUAACAACAUGCCGAUUCUUCUGAUGAAGUCAAGCUGAGUCCCAAGAAAGUGAGACUAAGCACAGGCAUGAUGGGACAAAAGAUCUCUUUCUGGGACCAGCUGGAAUGGAUGUGUGUUAUAAUGUUGUCAGCAGUUUCUUCGUUUUCCAGGUCCUAUAUCAUAAUGUCACUCCACGUCUCUCCACUCUGCUCAGCUGUGGAUACAAGAACUUAUCUCGGGAACAGAAAACUGAAUGGAACUCGAGAUGUGUCUCCACAAUUCAUGCUGUUGUGGUUGGAGGACUAGCUUUAUAUAUCCUUUGGUUCGAUGAUCUUGUCAACAAAGACCAUAUCUGGGGGGAUCCCAAACUAGUGAAGCUUAAUAUAGCAAUCGCUUCAGGCUACUUGAUUAAUGAUUUAAUGCUUCUCAUUUGGCACUGGAAGACGUUGGGUGACAGCUUUUUCCUCAGUCACCAUUUGGCAGCACUCUAUGCAUACCAGUAUGUGUUGGGACAAGGGCUCCUUCCAUAUUUUGCUAAUUUUCGCCUGAUUGCCGAGCUGUCCACACCAUUUGUAAAUCAGCGGUGGUUCUUUGAGGUUCUGCAGUUUCCCAGAAAUGCCAGGUUGGUUGUGUUGAAUGGUGUCGCCAUGACUGUGAGCUUCUUCCUUGUGCGCAUUGCUGUGAUUCCGUCCUACUACCUUCAAAUGGCUUCUACCUUUGGGACAGCAGGCUUCCACCGCCUGGGCCUUGGGCCACAGUGUGCUUGGAUCAUUUCCAGUGUUGUUCUGGAUAUUUUGAACACAAUCUGGAUGUAUAAAAUCGCCAGAGGGUGCUGGAAAAUUCUGUUUGCAUCCCAGAACUACCGGAAAACUAAGCUCAGCUAAGAGUUUAUAGAGAAGUAGCAGUUUUUUCAUGUUGUCAUUCUGCUGAAACUUCUAAUCAUUCAAUCUACAUCAAAUCAACACUCUCGAAAACUUACACUUACGUUUGAGAUUUUUGACGUAAAUCCAUAAAUGUUUUUUAUGUAAUAUUGCAACUGAGACAUUGAGGCAAUUGAAGAUGACACAAUUAUGUAAUUAGUCUUAGGUUUGUAUAAACUGAGCCAAGUAAUUCAUUCAGUCAUUGUCAGAAACUAAUCAUCAAUUCUUCAUCUAUCUGUAACAAUAAGGACAAUACUUCAAGAUUGAAAAGUGCCUAAGAGCCAACCUGGGCCAAGCUCUCCAGUGCUGGCCUAGACAGACAUCUGGAUCAAAAGGUUUGUGGCUCAACAGGAAUUGCUUUGCAAAAUUGUCUCAUCCACAUCCUUCCAGACUCUGCUAGUUGAGCAUACUUUUGCAAAGGUUAGCUAGAAAAAAACGUUGUCAAUGUUCAAUGUAUAUCUCCUCGUGUGUGCCAGUUUUUCCUCCUUUUUCCAUUUACUUUGUCCCAGUUACUCUAUUCUUUCAAGUGCCACUGGUGCCUUUCUCUGUUAUUCCAGAUUACAAGAGCACCCACCUCGGGUCUUUGACAUGCAUCAGCAGCUCCUGGCUCUGUAAAACCCUCAGAUUAAGGAAUUUAAAAUAUUUCCCCUCUCACCCUUUCAAUGUCUGUGUAUAUAUUUGAAUGAGAAAGAGCAUUGUGAACAUACUAGAGAGUUGUGUGUAAGAGAAGUGUAUUGGUGUUGCUGAAAGACAGCAAUAAGAUGAUGACUAGAUAAUCUGUUUUACUGUUGUUGGUUGAAAAUCAACAUCGACAGAUAGUAGGGAUAACUUGCCUGCUCUUCUUCAUGUGGUGGGAUCUUCUUCGUGUACUGAUAGGGCAGUAAGGGCCUUGGUUUAACAUUUUGUGUGAAAGAGUACUGACAGUGCUGCGCCAUCCGUACUGGACUGGAAUGUUUGCCUGGAUAAUGGGUUGAAGUUCUGGGAGUAGGAGCCUCAACCUCAUAAUUCAGAGGGUGGGGUGCUACCACAGAGCCAUGGCUCACAGUCAAGUUUAAACCUAGACAGACCAGAGUCAGAAUUUAUUUGUUAAUUAUGUAGUUUCACAAUUUGAAUCUCAUUUAUGAAUGGUUUGAGUUAUCUGAUUAUUAAAAUAAGGAUUUUCAGAAACAGAAAAGGACUAUUUGACCCAAUAGAUUCAUCCCCUUUUUAUUGACUAACCCUUCCUAUUUACUCUUUCACCAUGUCCAGCAGUCUCUGCUCUUCAAAAACCCAUCUAAUUUCCCUGGUUACUGCAGAAACUGGUUAUUGAAAAUAUCAAGCUUUGCUUUUUUUUUGCAAAUCAGCUUGUGUAAUCCCAUUCUCCACACAUUUCUAUAACUUCAGUUUAACUGAUAAGUGCAUCUAUGAAAUGCAUCUAUUAAUUAAUCAGUAUCAAAUGGCACCGUUAAUUGUUGUCCACUUAACUGGCUGGUGUAGAUGAAUAAAAGUUUGAACAGAGAGCUAGCAUAGAUUUGUAAAGGCUAAGGUAUUUCUAAUGAAGGUUUUUUUUUAAAGGAAAUAGUUAAUAUAGUAGUUAGGUAGCACUUAUGGUUUUAUUUAUACGGAAUUCCAGAAACCAUUCGAAGGAUUCCAUAUAAAAGGAAAGUGCAUGGAGUUGGAAACAACUUAUUGGCUUGGAUAGAAAUUGGAUAAAGCGGGAGGGGAUAGAAAAGAAUUAAAGGUACGUACUCAAGUUGGCAGAUAUCUCCCAGAAUUCUGGGGUCUCCAGCUUUUCACAAUAUGUAUAAAUGAUUUGGAUGCAGUAGUAGAAAGUUGUAUAAGAGUAAACUGUAAAGAGUAAACAGAAGCAGAAAGUUUAAAAGGGACAUUAAUAGAUUAACUGAACUCCACCUUCCAUACUUCUGCCCAUUGUUGGAGUGUGGGGUUAUCUGCUUUGGAUCAACAAAGCAUGAGUAUUUUCUAAAUUGCACAAAGGCUAAGUGAAUAGAGAGAUUUGGGAAGUUAAAUCUUUGAGUAAUGUUUAGUCAUGAUCCUGAAACAAUGAUUCCUAAUGGAACAUUUGACUUCUCUUAUCCAAGAAGUUCAAUAUGUAAACAAGAACUUGGGGAUGAUAGUGAAUUACAGAAGUCAUCAAAGAUGACAGAGCAGGAACAUAAAGUAAAUUUAUAAAAAGCCGUUAUUCCUUAUGUUCUUAUGAGUUUGAGUGCCCUAAAGAUCUAACUCUCCCCUUCCUCUUCUACAUGCUUUCUCUCAGCAAUAAUCCAUAGUCAUGAGGUCAACUAUAACAUGCUUACUGAAACCAGCUCUGGUUUUCCUCCAUAUUGCAACUACAAUAUUGUUAUGAAUGUUUUUAUGAAUUAUAACUGAUUCCAAGACAAAGUUUGGAAGAUCAAAGCCAUUGUUAAAAUACAUCUGUCUCACUUGCUAAUCAGACUGUUCCUUGCCUGAGCUUAGUUUCAGAAACCACAUAUCCUCCCUCCCAAAACCACUUUUACAACUUACAUUAUAUCUAUCCCUUUGCUUCCAAAACCUUCACUUGUAUGUUAGUUGUCUCCAGACUGAGCUAUCUAAUGCUUCCUCCCAGCCUCCACAAGCUUCAACUUGCUGCAUUAAUCGGGUUCCACUCAAUCACACUCCUCUCUUUGCUAACUCGCAGACAAAUGUAAAAUCUUAUUCUUGUCUUUAAGCAGAACAUUUUCCUCGUGCCCUUACCAGUAUUAAUUCUUCAACCAACAUCACGUAACCACUACCUUUUGUCUUAUUGCUGUUCCUUACACUACAUGCUAAGUAUCAAUCAGAGUUUCUACUGGUACACUGGCCAAAUAAUCUUCAGUAACAUAACCUGCCACAUAAGUGUGAAGGGUUAGUGACAACUUUAUUUUUAAACUGAGAAAAAUCUUUUCUCCCUUUUUUGAGUUUCCUCAGUUUCAAUUUGAUCUUUUAGGUUAUAUCAGACUCUUACUCAUCAGUUCUCUAACCUAGGACACAUGCAAACCAUUUGUGGUUUAAUCUCCACCAUCGGUAGGGUAAGAGGCAGAUCCUGAAUCCAUCCCAGCCAGAACAUGAAUCAAAUGUUGUGCUAUUGGCAUCACGUGAUUCUCAAUAAAUGCCAAUCAGCUCCCCAGGGAGUCCCAGUUACUGCUGCAGCAUGCACCGUGCUGUUUUAUUUGUAUGUAGCCUGGAGCUAAGAUGGAGGCUCCUGUGUCCUGUCUAUCAUGUGGCUGACCAGAAAUCCCUCCCACUUUUACCACCUCCAAUGGCGUGUGUUGGAAUGAUUUACAAAUUGAUAAUCAAUCUAUUUGGUGACAUUGUGAAACACCUUAUUUGGGAUGGAAUAAAAUUAAUUAAGUUAAACAUUGGUAAUGAGGAAAUUAAUGGAAUUAAAGAGUAACAAAUCCCCAGGACCUAACGGUUUCCAUCUGAGGGUGUUAAAGGAAGAGGGAAAGCACUUUGUAGAUGCCCUAACUAUAAUUUUUCAGAGUUGCCUAAAUACCAGAGAUGUCCCUCUAAGUUGGAAAACUGCAGAUAUCAAUCCACUUUUUAGGAAGGGCGAAAGAUGCAAGAUGUGACCAGUGGUGUCCCACAGGGAUCUAUGUUAGGGCCUCAAUUAUUCACAUUAUUUAGUAACAACUUGGAGAAUGGCAUAGAAGGGUAAAAUUUGCUGAUGACACAAAGUAAGGCAGCAUUAUAGAAAAUGUAGAUGACAGCACAAAAUUCCAAAGAGAUAUUGAUAGACUAGGUAAAUGGGCAAAACUGUGUCAGAUGGCAUUCAGCAUAAACAAAUGUGAGGUUAUCCAUUUUGGACUGAAAAAGGAGAGAUUACAGUACUUUCCAGAUGGUAUGAAGUUAAUACAGCAGAUGUCCUAAGAGACUUAGAGGUUCAGGCGCGUAGGUCUUUGAAAUGCCACAAACAGGUGCAUAAAAUAAUGAAGAAAGCUAAUGGAAUGCUCAGUGACAUCCUUGACCCUGGCACCAGGGAGGAAACACCCCACCCCUCCCUUCCCAAAAUCAGUACCCAAAGCGACAUACCUGUUUGGUAAAGGAAUGGCCAGAGGGUACGCCCGCACUGCCUACCCACACUCACUGGUGGUGUGACCAGCUCACUAAAAAUGUUAUCCACAACAUUCCCAGCCUCCUGGAUGCUCCACAGAGAGCCCAGGCACAGCAUCCAGCAAAUCAGGAGCUGCAACUGAACACAAUUCCUGCAUAUGUAAUGAGAAUGGAUACUUGAAGUGUCCCUGAUUUCCCACCUAUUGCAGGAGGAGCAUUCCAUGGCGCCAAGUUCUCCUGCCAUUUUCAACCUUGUCAACUAAAUCAACCUUAUCAACUACAGACAAUAACCCAAUAACCCAUUCAUUACUAAACUCAGGUUUCCCACUCCUGCUCAUUAUUCCUAGCAGACUAUAACUACAAAAAGUAAGUACAUUGUUUCUCUCCAGAUACUACUCACUCCGUGUGCGAACCUGGUUCCUGAGCAGCGAAGCCUAGGUCACUUUUUCAGUCCAGACAUCUCCUCCAGAGCUCCGCCCUUAGAUUGAGCUCCACUCUGUUGAUGUUCACCCCAAGGUUCAGUCUCCUUAACCUUGUUGCUGCUGCUCUUACUGCUCAGACUGACAUUGCUCCUUGGGUAUUUGUGCUGCUGCUCAC